CCCAUCAGACUUUCAUACCUCUAUCUCUCUUCCACACACAGACACACACACCCACAUUCAUAGAUUCUGCCUUUCCCCACCUCACGCGCAUCCUUUGCCUCUCUCUCUGUCUCUCACUGUCGGUCUGUCUCCUUUCUCCCCAUGCAAACACAUUCAUUCUUCUCCCAGACAGAGGAGCAGUAAAGGGAUUGGCGUGGUUCUUGGUGUUUGGCUCCUUGUUUUUGGCUCACAGGGAGCAGAGCGGCAGAUGGCGAUGUGAAGACGGGCUCAGCCAGAUUCCACUCUGCCGCACAAUGGCUGACAACGGCUGGUUGCUACAGGAUACAGGAUUUAACUUGAUCAUGUGAUCUGACUCUCUCCCCAGUUCCCUGUCAUCUAUCAUAGGGGGAUCAUGACCCGCCGGCUGAGCAGCUCCACUCGUUCCCACACCGAGGACUCCAUCUUCCUGAGGCCUGACGAGGACCCCGUCUGGCUGGAUGAGCCGACAAAGACUGAGAAAAUAGGCGACGGAGCCCCUAAAAACGAUGGACUCCCAGAAUGCAAAGACGGACCCACAGGAGGCCAAAGCCCACAGGGAGAGGAAGUGUUCAUGCACAAGGUGUGCGCACUUGUGAUUGAGAUCCACUGCUGGGCUGCACUGUUUGUUGUCUCCCAAGUCACGGGGUACUGGGUGUUUUUUGUGAUGGAAGGAAACGGACCACUCUCUUCCAUCUACAAAGCCCUGCAGGUCAUCGACUUCUACCUUGGCUUCAUCUUACCGUGCCACCCGAUCUUUGGAAUGGACUCCAUGGUGCUGAUGAGGGAGGUGGUAAACACCAACCAGCACAACUGGAUCAUUCAGGGCACUGCAGGCAUCGGCGUGGCCAUCUGUAUUAUCAUGGCCAUCAACAUGGUGUAUAAGUGGCGCUACGGUACUGGCUUCUGGUCGUCAGAAACAGUAGCGAGGGACAUUGGUGAUCGGCGUCAGUCAGUGAGCCGUCAGCCCUCUUUCACCCUGUCAGAGUGGACGGACGCUCAGGAGGAUCUACUGGACCUGGACCCUGUGCCACAGACGCCGGUCUUUGACAUGGGCACAGACACCAAGACAGAGGGAGACGCCGCCACCCUCACUGUCACACCUGUGGGGCUUCAGGAGAGGAGAGGCUCCAAUGUUUCCCUGACCUUGGACAUGUGUACACCAGGCUGCACUGAGCCCUAUGGCUACGGAGCCCAGCUCUCCCCGAGAGACCAGUCGGCCCAAGAGUACCUCCGACAGGGAACACACGUCCUGACCCCUGCCAUGCUACACACACGGGCCAUGGAUGAUCAGAGCCUGCAGGCUGAGUUUUAUGAAACUCCCAUGAACUUUGUGGACCCUAAGGAGUACAACUACCCAGGGCUGGUGAGAAAGAAUCGCUACAAAACCAUCUUACCCAAUACACACAGCAGAGUGAUCUUGAAGUCACAGGACGAAGAUGAUUUCCUCACUACCUACAUCAAUGCUAAUUAUCUCAAAGGUUAUGGGGGUGUGGAGAAUGCAUACAUUGCCACCCAGGGUCCCACAGUGAAUACAGUGGGGGAUUUCUGGAGGAUGGUGUGGCAAGAGAGAAGCCCAAUCAUCGUGAUGAUCACCAACCUGGAGGAGAAGAACGAGAAAUGUGCAGAGUACUGGCCCGAGGACACUGUGACCCAUGAGGGCAUCGAGAUCACUGUCGUCACGGUAACUCAGGAGGAUGACUACAGUCUUAGGGUGUUUACGCUAAAGUGUGGCGAGGAGGAGCGCAGUCUGCAGCAGUACUGGUACACCUCGUGGCCCGAUCAGAAGACCCCAGACAAGGCCCCACCCCUGCUGGAACUGGUACAGGAAGUGGAAAGGGCCCGAGAGGAAGCCCCGCCCUCCAGCGGCCCUAUAAUUGUUCACUGCAGUGCUGGAAUUGGUCGAACUGGCUGCUUCAUCGCCACCUCCAUCCUGUGCAAGCAGCUGAGGACUGAAGGUGUGGUUGACAUCCUGAGAACCACCUGCCAGCUCCGUCUGGACAGGGGUGGGAUGAUCCAAACGUGUGAGCAGUACCAAUUUGUGCAUCACGUCCUCAGCCUGUAUGAGAAGCAGCUGCCUCACACUGCUGAGGAGUAGUAGAGUGAGCGCUACAGCCAGACCGAGACACACCACUGUACACUGUACCACCUCUGGUGGUAUGCACCACUGUACCUAGCAUCAUCUCAAUCUCACCCUUUAACAAGUUCAAACCAUGGUAAUCUCCUCACCCAAGACAGGCUUGCUCAGACAGGACUGAAUGGCUGACAUGAAAUCUGUGCUUAUUGUAUGUCUUUGAGCAGAACAAACAAAUGACACUUAUGUGUUAUUUAUCCACACAGUCCUGGAGAGUCGCAACAGCCAGGCCCAAAAUAAUCCAAGCCUGCAAUCCCAACAUCAUUUCAUUUGCACUGCUGAGGUUUUUAUCAGGUUACUGUACAUGAUACCCCCCCCCCCAUACUGUAUGUACAGUUAUCAAAAGGUCAAACUGGAACUGAAGUAUCAUCAGACCACCUGCAGUUACAAGGUUAUUGAAGAAAGGAAAUUCAAGUUCAGUCUCCUGAAGUUAGUGUCAGUAAUAAGGGCCCUUCACAGUACAAGUGCCAGCAUAAAUUAAAUCCACAGAAAUGAUCAAAUGCCAGCCUAAUAUUUAACUCUAUAUAGAUAUAAAAGUUCAUAUUAAAUAUAAGUUUUAACUAACAUCUGGCUUUUUCUCACUAACUCUCACUGACUCUCACUUUAAUGUAAAAAAAAUCAUUACAGAUGGCCUGUUUCAACUUUUGAUGCAUUCAGGAGCCACCUCAUUUUCAGGUUGCAUGGUGCUAAGUGUUCAUUAAAGGCAUGUGCAAUGUUAUGGAACAUAGGAAUGUAUAACAAUUAGGUUAAUGAUUAACUAAUUAGGAUUUCUGUGCAAUCUACAGUAUUACAGUUUUACCAUGCUGCCUGUGCAGUCCUCAUGGCCCAUGAUGUUUACAGUAAACAACUCCUGCAUUAAGGCCACAUAGACGUACACUCAGAGGCGUCACAGAGCUAGUGACGCUGAGGGUACAGAGGCCAGAAAUAUCAGACCAUCAAAAAAACAUCAACACAGAGCUCUGGAGAAUCUGACAUACACACACAGGGAAGUGUAAUGCAGAGGAAAGCAAGAUGCUGCACCAUGAAUUGAUAAAAAAAAUGCUAACACAGCUAAUGUUCUUGUACAUGUCACAUUACCAUCAUCUUGCCAUCCUCAAAGUUACAUGCUCUGUGACGCCUCGACUUUCAACAGUAGCUUGAACACAUCUGUGAAGUAAGAAGCCCAUGAUUGUUGUAUAGACAGGCCAGGCCUAAUCUGUAUGAAGCACAAUAGACCAACUAAGGUUGUCUCUCUGAUGUUCAGCUGUAAAAGUUCUUUUUUUCCCGUAUUGUGUUUUGAUUGUGUUGAGUUUAAUGGAUUGCAUGUGCUGUAUGGGGCUCCAUAGGUCCACAAUCAAAGCGACGUGAUUGGUUGUCCUGCUUUUUGUUGUGUAUAAGGGUUUAAGCCUAUUAUAUUGCUUGCUCUCGGCCAAUGCUUUUGAUACAGUUUGCUUUUGUGAAACCAACCAGAGAUAUUUUUAGAAAAUUUUGAUACAAUCCUUUCGAGUAGAUGCCUUGUGUAUAUUUCCGUUUACACCAUGAUGGAAUGUAGCUCAUACUGUGGAUCAAACCAUCGGUUUAUAUUGCAAGAUUUGACAGAACAAAAUGUGACAACUACCUAAGUUACCUUACAGUACAGAAAAUAAAAAUAGAUUAUGUUCAGUCUUCAGUAUUAUUACUUUAUGCCUUUAGGCUUUGCUUUAAUAUGCUUUGCUUUCUGUGUAUGUUUUUAUCGUUUUCUUGGAGAAUUUUACCUCAGACUGAGUUUUUACGCAGUCCCCACUCUAGUCCACUUGUGACUCUAGGCCACUCUCAGUUGACAACACGAGAAAUAAUUGCUAUGUGUAAGGCAGCUAAAACAAUGUAGACAGUUUUCUAUGUAACAAAAAUCAAACCACUUCUAUCUUGACUUACUGCAUCAGAGCAACAGUCAUGAACAUUAUCAGAGGAUGGAAUUAACUGUGUGCGCUUGGACCAAUUUAUAAACAUCAAAUCAACUAGCAAAUUAAACUGCCAAAAUUACCUUUUCCAGGAACACCAGACUGAGAUCAAGAAGAAAAGCAACAACCUAUUGUCAGACUUUUGACAUAAUCCUCUGAUAAUGUCCAGUGUAACUGAAAAGCUUUUAUUUUAAGUGCUUGUUUUCAGUGCUUACCUGGUCCUCUUCUGAUGAUCAAAACGAGGAUGACGACAUAGCCAAACAGUCAGACAUACAACCAACCAGCAAUCAGUAUUCCUCUCCUCUGCUACAGUAUUGCUUUAAGUUGUGAG